GCGUCUUCCUUUCAUCUCAAAAACCCUAAGAAUAUAGAACCUUUUUAAAAAACCGUAGAGCUAAAAUAUUCAGAGAAAAAGCCUUUACAAAAAAUGGGUUUCGUUAGGCCUUCACUUGUACACUCUCUUCGCCUCAAUUUGUUCGGAAGACCUCGCCUCUCCUCUCUACUCUACCCUCUCCGCCAGAGUGGAAGAAAAGUUGAGAUUUCCUCUAUUUGCGUGAACAUCCAUCGUAUUUCAACUGUAGCUGAAGCUGAGGUUUCAGAGUUUGAAUGUGACGAACUCCGUGAUGAUGUCAAAGCAUCAGAAAAAGACACUGCAUUACGUCUAGCUCUCUCACAAGUUGCUAGUGGUUUUGGUAGAGAAUCUAUGUUGUCAUUGGAGAGGUUUUUUAGGUCAAGACGUGCACCUGUGAUAUCUACUGGUUCACUAAAGCUUGACAUAGCUCUUGGGGUUGGAGGGUUACCAAAGGGAAGAAUUGUUGAAAUUUAUGGGAAAGAGGCAUCUGGAAAAACAACACUUGCCCUUCACAUCAUCAAGGAAGCUCAAAAGCUUGGAGGUUAUUGUGCAUAUUUUGAUGUAGAGAAUGCUAUGGAUCCCUCUCUUGCAGAAUCAAUGGGUGUAAACACGGAAAAGCUUCUUAUUUCACGUCCUAGUUCUGCUGAAAAUUUGCUAAGUGUGGUUAAUACACUGACCCGAAGUGGAGCUGUAGAUGUAAUCGUGGUUGAUAGUGUAGCUGCCCUUGUUCCCCAAUGUGAACUUGAUCAUAUGAUAGGUGGCACCUUGGGAGAUGUACAAUCAAGAAUAAUGACCCGGGCACUUAGGAAAAUUCAUUACUCGUUAGGCCAAUCUAAAACAAUUAUUCUUUUCCUUAAUCAGGUUCGAUUAAAUCCAAAAUCAGGGCAACGAUUUGGGCGUAUGGAUGAGGUCACAUGUGGUGGAAAUGCCUUGAAAUUUUAUGCAGCUGUACGACUGAAGAUGAUAAGAAAAGAAUUGCUCAAGACUGAGGAUAAGGCAACUGGUCUUGUGGUUUGCGUGCAAGUGGUGAAAAAUAGUCUGGCACCGUCGAUGAAAAUGGCCGAACUGGGGAUUCAGUUUGGAAGAGGCUUUUGCUGCGCAUCUGAGGCCUUGGAGUUAGCUUGUGAACAUGGAGUCAUUGUAAAAGAAGGAAGCAACUACCUCAUAGAAGGGGAAGUAUUCAGUUACAAACAUGAAGCUGAAAAGUAUCUGGCCGAAAAUGAUGGAAUCCUUGAUAAGAUGAUCAUGAUCUUAAGAAGACAGUUGUUUGAAAGAGAGAGAAGAUAACGUUAGGUCCUUUAAAUAGAUGAUUUAUACUCGAAUAUGGGGUAGUUUGGAUGUCAAAGGACCAUCCACUUUCCAAAACAUGUGAGUGCUGUGAAGGAUCUUUGAACUUGAGAUUACAGAAGUGUCUUCCUCUUGAGGUAGAAAGGUUGCUCUUUAUGUACAGUAAGCAUUUGAGGACCAUAAAUCUCAGAAGACAACCAUAGCAGCUCGUGUAUGGUUGGAUCUCUUUGGUUGUCUUGUGACUAAAUGUGCGGUGGGUUAAUUCUCCUACUAUUCUAGCUUGUUUAUCUUGAAGAAUCACUGUAAGGAGUUAUAAAUAUUAUGUUCACGGAAGAACAAUGAUGUUGGUAAAUUUUCAGAAUCAUGUAGUAUAUCUAACUCCAUGUUUAAGUUCUUAUUUCGAAAAAUUGAGUAAUGCUAGAAAUUAUUUUUUUAUCUUACAA